AUGCACCUGUAUCACCCUGCAGUAGAAAACAACGGCAUUCCUGUGCAAAAUUCACCUUCCAUUAGCUGUCUACAUCAUAAAACUUAACGUGUAUUUUUUGCUUUUUUGAUCAGAAUGUUGCCAAAUAAAAGCAUGACUCCCAAGGCCAACACAUUAUGGAACCUUAAUGGUGUUUUUUAAUGUGCUGUUAGUCGGAGUAUGAUGAAUUAUUGGAGAACUUGGGCAGUCCAAGUCCGUGGUUCUUUCCCUCAGCUCUAUGUAAAUUCAGCUGAUGUAGUCUGAAAUCUGAUCACUAAUUAUCAUCCUGUGGUAUUGGAUGUAGAUUCCAGGGCAGACUUGAGUAUUUGCAAUAUACUGUGCACUUCCUCCAGUGCCUCUCCCUUUGUGGAUCUCAUUGGGAAGAAUGCAUAUGGGCACAUCUGCAAGAGACAUCACUCUCCGUGAUGAUAGCAUGCAGCAACUUGGUUAGCAGGUCACUGGUGUAUGAGAUUCACUCACAUUGUUGUUUGCGCUCAGUGACUCACGUUGUUAUCAGCCUGGGCGCCUGGGUAACCAGGCAGACAGCUGGACCUUCCUCUCUAAUCUGUAGACUCAUAGAUUUAGGUUGAAGGUCAAGGGUAAGCCUCCAGCAUGUUAAUACCGAGAUCAGCUAUUUAGUUAGGUCAGGCUGCGGGUGGAGAUUAGUGCGACUGCUCACUCACUCAAUAAUGGAGGAAGACCAGUUCAGUUAUAUGCCCAGUUACUGGGAGAUUAUAAGAGGUGUUUAUGACGGCUAUGUUGAGACACAGAGACAGUGGGGUAACCCACCUCUUUCCACAGCCCCUGGGGUGUUCUGGAGGUGCCUUUUAAAGUUUGGUGCCUUUGAUCCUGUGGAUAUCCUUUAUAUAGUGGUCCUUGCUGUGAUGUGGACCAUGAUACGCUACCUUCUGACUUGGACUGUCCUUACGCCAUUUGCAAGAUGGGUUCAGAUGACAUCUCUGAACCAGAAGAAGUUCCCAGAGAGUGCCUGGAAGGCUCUGUUCUACUCCUGUACCUGGUUGUAUAGCUGCUAUGUUCUUCUGUGGUGUGGAGAGUUUGACUAUUUCCAAAGGCCACUUGCAAUAUGGCAAGACUGGGCCCCCGGGAUGGAGGUUCCUACACUGGUAUAUAUCAUGUAUAUGGUCCAGCUGAGUUUCUACCUCCACUCUGUAUAUGGCACUCUGUUCAUGGACCAUAAGAGGAAGGACACACUUGUCAUGUUGUUCCAUCAUUUCCUGACCAUGUCUCUCAUUGGGUUCUCUUAUGCUUGCAGAUAUCAUAAGAUAGGAACAUUGGUUUUGUUUACACAUGACAUCACAGAUAUUGCACUGGAGAUCACCAAGUGCAAUGUCUACAUGAAGAAUCGUGGAGGAAAGUACUACGCCUUACACGAGUACAUCUCACAAGCAGGGUUCACUUGUUUUGCUGUUGGGUGGGCACUGUUCCGCCUUUAUUGGUACCCAUUGAAGUGUCUGUACUCAGCAGGCUAUGCCUCAGUUAUGUACAACCCAUCUAUGAAACUUCCAUUCCAUUUCUUUUUCAACUCCAUGCUUUGGAUUCUUAUGGUAUUAAAUAUAUAUUGGUUCAUGUUCAUAGUAAAUUUCCUGUAUAAAGUGGCCACAGGUCAGAUGAAUGAGGUGGACGACGUCAGGGAGGAAGAAGUGGAAGAGCAAGUGAUGCAGAAGAUGAAGUCAAAACAGAACAAUGUCAAAGCUGGAGGAGACUUCAAGAAUAAUGACCUGUCACCUCGCAGACGAUCUGCUCGCACUCAGGGUAGAAAAGACGAUUGAUGCUCUGCAGCUGUUGCAGUAGUCAUUUCCAAAAAUGUUUACAAAAGGAUGCUCAAGGUCUGGUUACAAAAAAAGGAGGCAAACAGUGGUUUGAAUUGUGACACAGUGGGACAAAUGGAGCAUUUGUCCACUUCUGUGUAGCAGUGGUGGAUAGAUGCCACAUUUCAUUGAAAUAAGAGAUUUUUUGAAGAGGGAUUACUUAAAGAGAAUGAGGAAUGGAAAGAAAGAAAUGAUCAGUAUGUUGCACACAAUUUUUCAUCCAAGAUUGCA